AUGGAACUGCGGUCCGAGCUGCCCAGCGUGUCCUCGGCGCCUCCCAGCUCGGUGGCGGCGGCGGCGGCGGCGGCGGCGGCGGCGAGCCUGCCGGUGAGCGUGGCCGGGAGCCUCCUGCGGGGGCCGCCGCUGCUCCUGCGGGCCGCCGAGAAGUACCCGCGGACGCCCAAGUGCGCCCGCUGCCGCAACCACGGCGUGGUGUCGGCGCUCAAGGGCCACAAGCGCUACUGCCGCUGGAAGGACUGCCUGUGCGCCAAGUGCACCCUGAUCGCCGAGCGCCAGCGCGUCAUGGCCGCGCAGGUGGCGCUGCGCCGGCAGCAGGCGCAGGAGGAGAACGAGGCCCGCGAGCUGCAGCUGCUCUACGGCACCGCCGAGGGCCUGGCCCUGGCCGCCGCCAACGGCAUCAUCCCGCCCCGGCCCGCCUACGAGGUCUUCGGCUCGGUGUGCACCGCGGACGGCGGCGCGGGGGGCUCAGAGGCCAAGCUGCAGAAGUUCGACCUGUUCCCGAAGGCGCUGCUCCCCGGCCGGGCCGCCACCCCGCAGCAGGCCAAGCCGUCGUCGCCGGACGGGGCGGAGGGCGGCGCGGGCCCCUCCUCGCCGGAGCCCCCCCGCCACGGCUGCGCCUCGGGCUCCGAGAACGGCGACGGCGAGUCCGCGCUCAGCUCGCCCGGCUCGAAAGGCGCCAAGGACGGCGGCGGCGGGGGCGGCGGCGGGGGCGAGGAGGAGAGCGCGGCCGGCUCCGCCAGCCCCCUGGGCUCCGACUCGGGCUGCUCCGAGGCCGAGCGGGAGGAGGCCGGCGCCCCGUCGCCCGGCCUGGCCGCGGCCGUGGCGGGGGGCGGCGGGGGGCGGCAGCAGCGGACGCCGCUGGACAUCCUGACGCGCGUCUUCCCCGCCCACAAGCGCAGCGUGCUGGAGCUGGUGCUGGCCGGCUGCGGCGGGGACGUGGUGCAGGCCAUCGAGCAGAUCCUCAGCAACCACCACCACCACCAGCAGCACCACCAGCACCCCCGCGGGGGAGGAGCGGCAGGCGGCCCCGGGCAGGCUCUGGCCGCCGCCGCCGCCGCCGCCUCGGGCCUGGCCUCGGCCGACAAGGCCGGCGAGGAGGCGUGGCCGCGCGGCGCCGGGGACGCGGCCGGGCCUCUGGGCGGCCUGCAGCCUUCUCCCGCCGGCGCCGUCUCGCACCACCGCCCCCUGCUGGCCGGCGCCAUGACGCCCGCCAUCGGCGCGCUCGGCAGCCGCUCGGCCUUCUCGCCGCUGCAGCCCAACGCCACCCACUUCGGCGCGGCGGCGGCGGCCGAGGCCAGCGCCUACCCCCUGGGCACGCACCUCGGCCUCAGCCCGCUGCGCCUGGCCUACUCGGCGGCCCACAGCCGCGGCCUGGCCUUCAUGACGCCCUACUCCACCGCCGGCCUCAUGCCCACGCUCGGCUUCCGCCCGCCCAUGGAGUACGCCUUCAGCGACCUCAUGCGCGACAGGUCCGCCGCCGCCGCCGCCGCCGCUGCUGCCGCUGCCGCCGCCGCCGCCGCCGCCGGCGCCCACAAGGAGCAGGCCUACCCCAACGGGGGGAUCUACGGGCCUCUGGUGAACAGCGCCCCGGAGAAACAGUAG